AUGGGAGCCUUCAUCUCUUUCAUCUCUCUCAUCUCUCUCUCUCGCUCUCUCAAAUACUCUCAAAUACUCUCUCUCUCUCUCUCUCUCUCUCUCUCUCUCUCUCUCUCUCUCUCUCUCUCUCUCUCUCUCUCUCUCUCUCUCUCUCUCUCUCUCUCAUCUCUCUCUCUCAUCUCUCUCUCUCUCUCUCUCUCUCAAGCUGUCUCUGUUUUGUUUCGCAAUGCUGAUCUUAUCAGCGGCAUUGGUGGCCGUCGGGGCUGCGAGCACUGCGAGCGCGGCUUUAGCUGGCAGCUGCAGGGUGGCGUGCAGGACGGCGUGCGCUACUUUCUCAACGUGCCAUUUGCCGCCCCUCCCGUGGGCGAUCUGCGCUUACGGCCGCCACAGCCUCCCGGUGGCUGGGAUGGGGUGCGAAACGCCACUAGCUUUGGCAUGCGGUGCAUGCAAAACGGUCAAGGAAGCUCGGCCACCACCAGUGAGGACUGUCUCUACCUCAACAUUUACACGCCCACAAACGCCAAUGGCUCGCUUCCCGUGGCUGUUUGGAUCCAUGGUGGUGGCUAUCAGGGGGGGUCGGGUAUCGACUACAACGGCACGGCCAUGAUCAAUGCCACCGGUCACAACUUCCUCGUGGUCACAAUCAAUUACCGUUUGAGCAUCUUUGGCUUUCUGGGCUCGGAGCGCUUGCGCCGCCGCGACCCCAGCCGCAACACCACUGGCAAUUAUGGGCUACAGGAUCAGCGAAUGGCCCUCGUUUGGGUCAAAGAAAACAUUGGCGCAUUUGGCGGUGACCCCGCCCGCGUCUCGAUUUUUGGCGAGUCGGCGGGGGCUCACAGCGUGACGUGCCACCUGGCUGCGUCGGCAAGCUGGCCCUAUUUCACCCAUGGUCUCCUGGAAAGUGGAAGCUUCUCCCUGCUCUCCAGCAAGCCCAUGAGUCUGGCUGAGACGCUAUAUGAGAAAGCCUUGGAACUUGUCAACUGCACCGACCUCGGCUGCGUGCUGGGACGAGAUGCCGGCACCCUCAGCGCCGCCAUGGGUGCCAUUGCAUUCCCGGGCCUGAUGACCAACGUGUACAUGCCUUGGGCCCCUUGCCAGGACGGCAUCGAGCUCAGGGCCCCGCCACUGCUGCUGGCACGCGCGGGCCAGGUGCACCCAAGUGCGCACGUCUUGCACGGCUUUAACACGGAUGAGGGUUCGACAUUCUCUGCGGGCUUGCCCAAGAACCUGAGUGAAGACGCGCUUUGGGAGCACUUGAACGCCACGUAUGGCAGUGACUACGCCCCACAACUCUAUGCGCUCUAUAACAACCAGACUUAUCCCGAGGCAGCCGAAGUGUCGCGAGCCUACUGGAUUGCAGAGCGGGCCAUUACGGAUCGGCAGUUUGCGUGCCCCACUGUGUUGGGCAGUCGCUACCUGCAGAACAAGCUGUCUGUUUACCAGUACCACUAUGAUUAUGUGGCUGCCAGUGCGCCCUUUGUUGGGCAUGGCAAUGAGGUCCCCUUGGUCUUCAACAUGCGCUGGGAGUUUCCCGACAGCCGCCGGGCGGUGGAAGUACCCCUGGCCAACCGAUUGGAUGCUUGGUGGGAGACGUUUUUUGCCUCGGGCGCGCCGCUGGCGCCUGGUGCGCCCCAUUGGCCCACAUUUGGUGAUGCUGGCGCAGCGGCCACCAUGGUGAUUCGUGGCGGUGAUGCCGAUCACGUGCAAAAUUCGGUCCGGGCUGAACUCUGUGACUUUUGGCAAACUUGGCUACUGGCGCACCUAUAA